GAAAACCGCAGAGGGGAAAAACAUUAACUUCCUUGGAAUCUUGCAGUUAUUAGGGGGCGGGUACAUUUAUCAUUCAAACUUGGAGUACGUCCCCGCUCCUGAGGUGAUCCUUUCUGUGACCAAUAUAUUGACCGGAGACCAAAAUCUCGGGUGAGAUCUCUUGUGUCUUCCAGUGAUUCCACUAAUUCAAUCCGUUAUUCUGUGCAAAUUUUCCAAUUCAAUAGGAAAAUGACAUAUUUUACAACUUUCGUUCUCAUCACGUUAGCUGUUACUGCAAUAGCCAAGGACCUCCCUGAAUUCCUGCACGUUUGCAAGCGAAAUGACCCAAACAUCAACGAUUGCAUCAAAAAUAGCGUUGAACACCUGAGACCCUAUCUGCUGAAGGGUGUGCCAGAGUACCAAAUACCAUCAAUUGAACCUCUACUUCUGAAGGAAAUAGUUGCAGCCGAAGGAGGUGGAUUAAAAUUAUCUGCUAGGGAUGUAAAUGCCUACGGUGCCAGUGAUUUCUCCGUCACUAAAAUGGACGCUAACAUGGCAACAUUCACAUACUUUUUGAAUGUUUUCCUUCCUCAUCUGAGUAUCGAUGGACAGUACGAGAUAGACGGAAAAGUUAUACUGUUGCCAAUAACAGGAUCAGGCCGGAUUACAGGAAAUUUCACCGAUUGCCUUGGCGCUGUGAAAUUCAUUGCAGGAACGGCUGUCGAUAAUGGCGUUGAAUACUUCCGCAUAAAAGAAUUCGACCUCAAAAUUACUGUUGGUAAGGGCUCAUUAAGAUUGGACAAUUUAUUCGGGGGUGAUAAAGUCAUCGGUGAUGUUGUUAACAAUGCAAUCAAUAAUAAUUUUGAUGCUUUCCUUAAGGAGCUCAUGCCAGUUGUCGAGAAAGCUUUAGGCGUAGCCUUUCGAGAAAUUGGACAAAAUAUUGUUAAUCAGUUCACUUUUGAUCAGCUUUUCCCUCUAGAUUAAUCUCAUCCUGGCUCUGAUGAAUAUUCAUUUUGAAGAACAAAUAAUUUAUAACAAAGAUAAAUAAUGAAUGAGGCAAACGCAAAAUCUGAGAUUUCUACACAGAGAGAAGAGUACUGGAAUUUUUCUCGAGAAAUUUCGUUGGAACAUUUUCUUGUUUAUUAUGAAAAUUCGUUUAUCUGCAGUCGAUACCUAACCACCUAGUAAUGUUUCCUUAGCUUCCGUUUAUACCACGAGGACAAGAAGAAUGAGGGAAAUUUCCAGUACUGGUACUGGAAAAAUUAGUCCAACUACACAGUAAAAUUUUAUCUACUUUCAUUUUUAUAGAAGUUUUGCACGCUCAUAAUUCGUCUCGAAAUUCUGUAUAAAGUUUAUUGAUUCCGUAAAUUUCUAGUACCAGUAUAGCAAUUUUUCUUGUGUGUUAUAACCAAAAUUCUCAAAUUUCUGGAAAAUUGUCUGUGAACAUGAAGAAUUUUCUUAUUUUUACUCCGUGUCGCAACAUAACAACAUAGACACAAUAUAGCUCAGUCAAUUAAUUAAUUAAAUAGAGUCAAUAUGUUCGAUUGCUGACCAUGCCUACAUAACAUGAUUUUUUAAUGUUUGAUGAAUAAGGUUUUACACAGUAAAUUAAAUUAUCCACCCAGAACCUAUUCAGAACAUGGCUGUCAUAGUUUACUUAAACACAAAAAACUGUGGAAAAAUGUAACAAAUGGUCAUUUAUUUAAUUUCAUGAUUAUUACGAGUAAAGUUUUGAUUUUUGUUUGAUUCUACUUCUGAGUAAUUCACAAAAUUUUCUGAAAUACAAAAAUUUUGACUGACCCCGCUGGAUGACCUCGACAAUGUAUUUUAUUAAUUAAUUUAAUAGGAUGAAUAAUUACUGAAUAAUAAGAUAAUUCAAUUA